GAGGAGGAUGAGGUUGUGGAGGUGAAGGUGGAGGAGGGUCUGGAUAGUGACGAUGGAUCUUCAAGUCAAGUCAAGUCAAGUGGUGGGCCAAGGAUUCAGUCAAAUGGAAGACCGUGCACAGAGGGGAAACGAUACACCGAUCCCACAGACACAACCCAUUCUGUGGAAAAACCAUAUGUAUGCACAGAGUGUGGAAAGAGUUUUCGUCUUCUGAACUAUCUCAAGAAACACCUGAAGUUCCAUUCCGGGGAAAAACCGUGUGUGUGCUCUCAAUGUGGAAAGAGCUUUCUGAACAUGUCCGCCCUCAAGACCCACCUGAUCACCCACUCGGGAGAAAAGCCAUUCGAGUGCUCUCAGUGCGGGAAGAGGUUUGGCAGAUUGAGCCAUCUGAAGGACCACGAGAUGAUCCACUCGGACGAGAAGCGAUUCGAGUGCUCCGAAUGCGGGAAGAGAUUUUGCCAGCUGAGCCAUUUCAAGUCCCACCUGAUGAGCCAUUCGGGGGAAAGGCCAUUUCAGUGCCUUGAAUGCGGGAAGAGCUUCGGUCAAAUGUCCACCUUCAAAAAGCACCAGGUCAUCCAUUCAGAGGGCAAAGACAAAAAUCCGUUCGAGUGCUCCGAAUGUGGAAAGGUCUUUACUCAGAUGAACAAUCUCAAGAGACACCAGAUGAGUCAUUCGGGGGAAAGGCCAUUUAAAUGCUCUCAAUGCGGAAAGAGCUUCAUUCGAAUUAACGAACUCAAGAAUCACCAGAUGAUCCAUUCUGGUGAAAAGCCAUACGAGUGCUCUCAGUGUGGAAGGAGGUUCAUUCAAAGCGCCCAUCUCAAGUCUCACCAGCGUAAACAUUCGGGAGAAAAACCGUUUCAGUGCUCUCAGUGUGGAAAGAGCUUUUCUCACAAGAAUAAUCUCACGUACCACCAGAAGAUCCAUGCAGAGGAGAAACCAUAUAAGUGUUCUCAUUGUGGAAAGGGGUUUAGCGCAUUUAACAGCAUGAAGAGACACCAGAACAAUCACAAACUGCACAAAUACGAUGAACACAACAAGAGUGACAAGCAAUUGAUGUAAGCUGGGCUUACACUGUGCGACUUUUGCCCCGAUUUGGCACUCGCACAAGUUUUUGAGAGUCUGGCCUAUUUCUUGAUCAAUCGCAGGUCAAUCGUGAGUCUCACAUCGUGUAGUGUACAUGGGGUAACGACAAGCGAUUUCACCUCACGAUCGCACAAUCGUAGGGUCGCAAGAAAAUCAAAACGGUUUGAAAUCCUGGUCGUGUCUUGUGAGUUAAUCGCACAGUUAAAGCAGUGCUACGACCCGACACAUGCACAAAAGAAUAGGGCCGUGCGAUUUGCUCUUGAGCGCGUCCUUAUCUCCACCUCCGGUGUGCAUGUUCCCUCCUCUGCAGACCCGGGAAAUAUGCCUGUCGGGUCGCACAGUGGAAGCAUUCGGCUCACAUCCGACUGUCGGCUCGUAUAGUGCGAUGGCGUGAGUCGUGAGAUGUGAACUUUUAAACCAUGGAAUUUCCUUGUGUAGUGUGAGCAGGAGCUUAAUACCCACGAGUGAAAAUAUCGCACAGUGUAUGUCCAACUUAAAUUUUAGAGGAGAUGGCGUCAAAGCAAGUGGCUAUGGUGUUUUUGGGCGACAUGAGCAAUGGUUUGUAGUUGGACUUCAGCGAACAUUGUAACAUGACACGUUUCAA